AUGUCGUAUUCAAACACAAAUAACAACAACCAUAACAGGCCUCCGCCAGAAUACAAUUUAUCAUUGCCACCACCGCCAUCUGCUCCGUAUAAUAACUAUCAAUUUCCACCCCCUCCUGGAUAUCAAUUCCAACCUCCAUCAGUCCCUCAUAUGCCUCAGAUGAAUCAACCCUAUAUGUAUCCUCCUCCACCAGUUCCUGGAUUUCAUCCUGCCUUCCAGCAGCCACCUCCUCCGUCAUUAAAUAAUGAUGCAUUUAUACAGCCACCACCAAUCCAAAACCCGCCUCCUCAUCAAAGGCAAAUGCUCUUUGAUCAUGACCGCUAUCAUCCUCCAGCAAGGCAAUCUACUGCUCAGCCCAACAACAUAGAUAGGAAACGGAAAUAUAGUGAUGACGAGGGAGGCUCAGAUAUGGCUUCAGAAGGGAGAAGUGUCGACGCAAGGCAAUUUGGCAGUGGUGGGCCUCAGUCCCCUAGAUUAUCAAAGGCGGCGCUGAGGAAGCAGGUGAUGGGACAGCAAAAGAAGCAACCGAAACAAACACAACAGCAGCAACAAAAAUCACUUCAAUCAUCGAAAAAGCUCAAACAACCACCACAGCCUUCCAGACAAGUCUCUGAAGCUGAAUUGGCAAAGAGGGCUAGGAAACGAUUAGCUAGAUUACAAAAAAGAACGUCUCGAAGGUUAAAGCGAGAGGCUCUAGCUCUAGAACAGCAACAGCAACAACAAGGAGCAACAGGUCACAUUGGCCCUACUACUCAUGGAGGAUUCUUGCCAUUCGCGCCAGCACCUGGACUGUCGACUCGAUCAACACAUACUCAAGGAAGCCCUCCACAACCGACUGUAAGCGUUGAUGACUCGCUUGAACGUCCGAGAACCCAACGUAUACCGCGAACUGCAAUUCCUCGGUUUGCAGCUAGCGAAGCUCGACAAAAUAUCAAGGAAAGUACACAGGAACACCCUACUCCUACACAAACAGCAACCGCAGGUCACGUUGUAAAUGUUGCCCGGCCCAUAGACUCGGAUAGUGAUGACUCUGACUACGAAUCUGACGAUGACAUGGGCGAUGCUGAGCCUGUAGUCUCGGGUCCAAAUCAUAAGAAACCACAACCAAUCGAUCUCAAGAAACCACUACCAGUCGAUCUUAAGAAACCACAGCCAAUCGAUCUGGAUGCUGUAAUUGUGAUAGAUAUGGGAGAAGAUGAAACAUCUCGUGGCAAGAGUCGAAUGCAAGAAUCAAAUGAAAAUGUGACACCGCUUCCAGAACAAAGUCCCGAAGACGUUGAUUUCAUACCAUUUGAUUUGGGCCGCGACCCCUGGCUUAUCAAAGACGAGGCCGUCCAACACGUAGGCAAUGGCCAUACACCUCGCGCUAAACCUCUGAUUCCUGUAUCAAGGAGUGCGCCUCCAGCUCGAAGCUCUCAUAAUAACAGUGUUCGGUCUGAAGAUCCAUUGAUGCCAGUUGCAAUUCCAGCUUGGGUGCCUCCUGGAAAGGUCUAUCAUCGUCAUCCUAUGGAAGCUCUCAAGGAAGAAAUCAAAGAUUUUACAGCAUUCAUGUCACCCUCACGAGCAGAACAUGAAAUGCGACGAAUAUGUAUAGAACGUAUUCGAGAGUGUGUGGUCAAGGUUUGGCCUAAAGCUGAAGUCCAUGCUUUUGGCUCAUAUGAAACUCAAUUGUACCUGCCAUCAAGUGACUUGGACUUGGUAGUGUUGUGUAGAGAUGCGAACCCUCCACGUUGUCUGCACAUGUUGGCUGACGAGCUCAGACGCUCUGGCACAAAUAAGAUUACAGUUGUCGCCAAAGCCAAGGUUCCCAUUAUCAAAGUGGUUGACGAAUUGACCAGAUUCAGUGUCGACGUCUCCUUCAAUGGUACCAAUGGACUUGCUAGUGCAGAAAUAGUGAAGGAAUUUGUCAACGAUCCAGAGAUUGGCAGUGCCUUAAAGUCCCUGGUCUUGAUAUUGAAGCAAUUCUUGGUGCAGAGAAACCUCAAUGAACCCUUUAUGGGCGGAUUGGGUAGUUAUGCUCUCAUCACUAUGGUUGCAGCAUUCUUGAAGCUUCAUCCAAAGGUGUCGUCCCGAGCCAUCAAGGCGGAGGACAAUCUUGGAGCGCUGCUGAUUGAAUUCUUUGAAUUUUACGGUCGCUUCUUGGUCAGUAGCGAGGUUGGAGUUGGUGUCCAUGUUGAAUAUGGCGCCUGGCUCUUCAAUCGUCGCGAACGAGGCCAGAAGUGGACGAAUGAUAGGAAUGAAAGCAUAUCAGUCGUUGAUCCUCAGGAUUCGGAGAACGACAUUGCAAAAUCGGCAUUCGCAUAUCGGAUGGGCCGAUUGCCGCCACAAAGACCUCCUCGAGCUCAUACGAUUCUGGGAGUUCUUAUGAAUGCCCAGAAAAGUAUGUUGGCGCAGAGAGAGUUUGUGGAGGAAGUAUAUAGUACUUUAAAUGGCAAUGGCUUAGUAGGGUUAUCAACAGCCGCCAUCAACUUGUCGAAUGGAAAUACUCGAUUUGACAAGAAGCCACCACAUUCUGGUGCAGACGAGGUGGGAAAGGAGGUAGUAUAUGUGGAGUAUGAUACAAAUGAUGAAGAUGAUGGUGAGGAGCGAGGGAAGGCGAAAGGAAAAGGAAGAGUUAACGUGGAUUAUUCUGCUCCCAUGCCAACACAUGGCAAGAAGAGGCAAGACGAGGUGUUGGAUUAUGAGGAUGGUGACGAGGAUUUGGUUGAAAUGUUGAGGAGGACCAAGAGGUCAAACAAAUAG